UAAUCAAACUGUCAAUCUGAGGAUUUUACUUGUUUAUGUAUUUGCUUAUUGUGAUUCUUUUAGCUUUGCUGUUUUGUUUCCUUAUUCACCAAGUGCUUCCUCGUUAAAAUAUUAAAUCUUGACGAAUGCUUUCUUAUACGGAUGCUUUUUGUCUCUAAAGCAAACAGGUGUUUUUAUUUACUUUGCACUUUGUGCUGCCUAGCGUGUGUUUUAGUGUGCUUGUGCAGUAUAGAAAUACUAGGUUAGGUUGAUAAAGUAAUCUUGUCUCUUGUAUUUUGUGCGCCUAGACUUGAUGUUUUUAUUUAAUGUAAUCGGAUCAAGCAAAAAGUGUUUAGAGGAGAAGUGAGAAUGGACUCUAAAGAUGACGAAAAGAGAAGGGUUUUUUUCGCCUCUGGUAAACGAUCUGUCUAGGCUGGUUCUAGAUUUUGAAUUGUCAUGCUUUAAUGCUAGGCUACUAGUAAUUGUCUUAAGGUUAUGAUAUGAACAUUCAUAAAUGAUAGUAAUGAUAGAUUAUUUUAAUUUCUCUGUAAAGAAAAUGUUCCCCUAAAACCCUUGAAGCUCACUGUUAGUUUGUUUAGGUAUGGGAGGAAUGGACCAACUUUUUAUUGUUUUGACCCCAAUUGUAAACCACUUUGUCAUAAACCUAUUCUUGGCCCCUAAAUUUUUUUUCCCAUGUUUUUUUUUUAAAUAUGAAAUUUCAAAAUUUGUAAAAAAAGUUUGUUUUUUCAUCAAAGAAUCAAUUUGUGAGUAGAGUAUAAUCGUUAAAAGGGUUCAAUUCCAUAGAAGUUGAAACUUUGCGGUUUCAAAAAAUUUAAGGUUUUGUUUUUAUUAAAGAUCGGUAAAAUCCCUAAAAGGGUUCUAUUUAGAACUUCAUAAAGAUAAAAUACAAAUUGUGUAAGCAAGGGGAAUGGGUCAAAGCCUAAUUUACCUUUUUUUCUGAUUCCGCGCCUGAGUUUUUAAAUUGAGGAUGAGGCCAUGUUGCUAGGCUUGGAUUCCAAAUCACUGUCUUAUGUCCUAGAAACCUUUACCUCUUAAAAUUAACACAGGCAUAGUUUAGGCAAAACCUUAGCAUACAAGUACAAUAAGUAUAUUUUAUCUUUAAAAGUGAACACAAAACAACUUACUUUAGAUAGAUUAUUUUAGAGUGAUUUAAUUUUUUUUUUAACAUAACUAGUUCUUUACCUAAAACCUUUAGAAAAUUAGUUAGGGUUUUUAAUUAUUAUAAAACUAGGUGGCAACUUCUUUUUCUUAUUUUUACCUUUUUACAUAAUAGCUUCGCUGAGAUAUCCCCUGUGAAAAAUUAAAUUGUCUUCCUCAAUGUCUUAAGAAAUAGGCUAGUUCACACAAUAAGACCAUUUAAUACUAAUACUGCAAGAGAUUUUUUUUGUUUCCAUUUUACCCAUUAGAUUAAGGAAUGCUUCAACCUUUAUAUACGAGAUCAUAAUCUGUUACAAGUGCAUUUGUAUUAUAAACAUGUUGUAAUAAAAAAAUGAAUUUCGGUUUUAUGAUUUAUGAUGCAUGAGACCAGUUGAAAUAUGGUCCUUAUUGAUACUUUAGAACUACUAUGUUGCAUUUUGGACAUUUAAAUACAUUAACAAAGAGCCUAAGAAUGAGCUGGGUCAAGGAAGGUGCUGCAAAUAUGGUAUUUCGUUGCAAACAUUGAAACUUCAUAGUUUUCUAUGUACGAAGUUUAAAACUUUGAUUCAAUCCAGCAAACUCUAAUGCUACACCAACUUUGUGUGCUUCUUAAUGCCAUUUCCGCAUAUUGAAGAAACUUGUGUUUUUUAAUUAUGGGUUAUGAUUUUUUGUCAUUUGGAUAUUUGAUACUUUUUUAAUUAUGGGUUAUGGUUGUUGUCAUUUGGAUAUUUGAUAUUUAAUUUGUUUUUUGUAUUUUGGAUAUUUGAAUUAUAUUUGUCAAUUUGAACUUUUAAGCCUUUAAAUUGUGAUUUGCCUUUUGGAUUAAUUAAAAAUUAUGUUGAAAUUGGGGUUGGAAUUUGUGUUGAAAUUGAGGCAGACUUAAAUUCAGCUAGCUGAAUCAGUUUCAUGUAGUACAUCAUUGACCUAGUGGGCUGACGACUCAGGUUCUUCAGGCCACAACAAAACAAUCCAUUCCCUCCCUAGAAUAAGAAAAAGCACCAGCAUCCAUCCAGCACUACGCAAUCCCACAAAACCAAACACACGCACAAGCAUGAAUACCGACUCUCUCUAGUUUAUCUCGACUGACAGAUAUGUUUCUCAUCUUUUGCCUUCCAAUUUUCUGCUUCCUAUCAGGUGAAUUUGGAACCCUAGCUUCCCCAAACUUGUUUUCAAAGCAUUGAAUGAAUGGAAAAUUAUAGAAUCGCAAGUGCAAGUUAAUUGAAAAGAUUAGCAAAUAGCAAUGAGCAUGGAGGCAGCUCAGAAAAAAACCCCUGCACAGAUUAUCAGAUUAGACAAUGCCUUCAAAAUGGCUGGACAAUGGGUCAAUAACAUGAGCAAGGCUGUAGAAGAUGAACCAGCAGAAGUAGAAUCAGAGGGCCGGCCUUCUAGGCUCGGACUUGGUGCAAAAGAAGUUCCACGCCAUUCUAAAGCUAGACUGUCAAAUGACCCUGUCGAAAGGAGGUUAUAUGCCAAGUUGGAAGCUGGAAAGAGAAGAGCUGCUAAAAUUAUUGAGGAUUCCAUUGUACCAGCUAGAGAUUGUAACGAGGAUGAUGACAGUGAUGGAGAAUUAGAAAGCAGAACCAGUACAUUUGCAAAGAAGAGACCAGGUCCUCAAGUACAAUCUCUACAAGUUAAGAAGAAACAAAAGUAACUUGUUACCUUUGAUGGCCCCCCCCCCCAUUAGAGAAUUAUCAUAGCAUCCUUUUGAAAUCUCAUGAUCUUUGAUUGGUGUAGCAAGCUGUAGGACUUCGCAGCUGGGAAUCCUUCUUAGCUUAACAUGGGUCAUAGACACUAGAAUCUGUAUAGGAGCUUGAUGGGAAUUGGUGUGAGAUAUUAUGGGAUGCGGACAAUUUAAAAGGAAAUUUUUUUAGUUUUAAA